CGCCCCCCCCGGGGGGCGGUGCUCGCUGCUCAUCCAAUCGUCACUUCCGGCUCUUCUUGGUUACCGGACGCUUGCAGCGAGAGAAAAGGACCAUAGCAACAGAGACAGGUCUCUCAGCAGAAGAUGGAUUCAAACUAUCUGAGAAUUGUUUUGGGCGAUUGUUUGACUGAGGGUCUGGCAGAAGUGGCACAGCAUCGACCAGUUGAUCCUAUUGAAUACCUGGCAUACUGGCUGUAUAAAUACAGAGACAACUUUGACUUAGAGAGAAAGAGUCAAUUGGAGGUUAAGCAGCUGGACAUUGAGACACAAGCAGCAUUGAAGGAGAAAGCUACGCAGGAACAGCUACAAGAGGAACUACUCGAAAUUCAACAGGCAUAUGAAAGGAAGUUGAAACUCGACAUAACGAAUCUUGAGCUUGAGAAGCAGCAGCUUCAGAUUUUGGCUGCUCUUGAUACACUGAAGGAAAAGCAAGAAAUGGUCUUGCAGAAACUGGACAUGCAGAAUGCUGAGCGUGCUAUUAUGGCAAGUUCAUCUUCAUUAGUGCCACCUGAAUGGUUUGGGGAACCUGAACUUGAAACUGUGGAAGAGAAAGAUGAAACAAAUGUUGUUGUGCAGGCUCAAAAUCAGGAUACAUUGCCAACUAAGGAAGAAUCCAAACAUGCAGAAGAACCCAUAGAAGAAGCUGAGGAGAAAUCCUGAAAAAUUAAGUGGUCCAACUCAACUCUGACUUGUGAGAUGGGACUAAACUGUUCAUCAUCUGAUUUACCAUUAAAUUUAUACAUUCUUAUUCA